UCAGUGCAACCCUUCUCCGCACAGUCCCUGACACCAGAGCUGGGCAUCAGGAGCUGUCCUUUGUUACAUCUCAGAGAGGGAGGCUCACCAUAGUUACGGUGAAUGACACAACAGUAGGCAGUGAAUGACACAACAGACACAACUUAGGCAGAAGCAGCAGCAGGCUUUUCCAUAGUGUCCAGCAGAGAAAAGAAAGUGUCCACAACUGUUUCUGUCCUGAAACAGCCUUUUCCCCUAUUUGUUCUGGACCCUCCCGGCAAGGGCUGCAACAUGGUCCAGCAAUGCCAAAGAAUGCACUGGUGACUCUCAGAUAUGGGGCCUAUAGGAGCUGCAGCGUCGUUGAACAUAGGACCUUCCGUCUGCAGGGCUUACAAGCUGUGCUGAAAGCUGAUGGACACCAAGUAAUCCUUGAAGAAAUACCAGAUUGGAAUGAAGUGCAGCUCAUAGUAAAUGGAGAGACUGUGUUUCAGUGCAACAUUAACGAUCUGGAUUUCGGAGGCGAUGGCCUGUUGGACCCACUUUGCCAAGAAGCUAGACAUGCAGUGUUAAACGCUUACUGAGUAAGAGGCCCAGUGUGUGCUCUUGACAGCAAAUCUCACAUCAAAUACCGGUAAAUAAGACUCUUUCCUUGCAUCGUCCAUUACGUUGUUAACCCUGUCUUUCAAAAGGGUUGAGUCCUCUUAUUUCACCACCAGUGUGGCGUCCAGGUGGAAGAGGCAGUUUAACUGGCCACAGAGAUUUAACCUCAGGGCUGGUAUUGGCUUGAUAGGCAGUGUGGGAUGACAGUUCUGUUUCUUUUGGAUCAUGUGCAAUCAAGAUGUGCAAACAAUGAUUAAGAUAUAAGGCCACCAUCCUCAGAUGACUACAUUUGGAGAGAUACGUUUGGGUAGCGGCUAGUCUUGCAUCUACCCAGGAUCUGCAACUCUUCAGACUGUAGACUUUGUAUGAUGUCUUCUAGAUAUAUCAAAUUACAAGGCAGCCCUGCUUUAAAUGUGUCGUGUGGAUCUGACCUGCAUCUUCCAGUUCUUCCGAAGACCUCAGCGCAGUCCACCAUGAUCUGUUCCCAACUGAGAGUGAAAGGAACCAGCGGUGGCACCCAGCAAACUAAGUGGGGAUCUGAAUCUGUUGCUCAGAUGCUCAAUACUCUAUCCGCUACACAAGCUUUCUUUUGCGAUGCAUCCCAUCGUUUAUGAGAUGUAUUUGCAUCCUCAAAUGACUCUCCCAUGCAAAACCUGGACUGCAGCAGGCCAUUGUUCACUCCAGUGAGAAAUGUAAUCUCCAGAAGAUACAAAGUUGUCCUCAAAUGUACCAGGAGCAGUGUUAAUUAAAUUGCUUUACAGCC